ACCCCUCUCCCACCCUCUUUCUCUCCCUCUACCUCGUUUGAUUUUCCUUCUCAAUUAGGAAUCUCUCUCCUUCUGUAUUCAUCUUUUUCCUGGAUUAAAUAUCGUAGAGGUGUAGAACAUCUUUUUCUGCCCAAAGAUAAUUAAGUGCAACAUUCCAUUUUCCCUGGAAAGUUUCCCCUCCAUUUCUGAGCAUCAACUCAGUUUCCGGUGUCCUAUUUCCAGAAGUAUGUUUAGCCUACUGUGAAUGAGGAAAGGGCAAAUCCAAUCAUGUGUAAGUCGAGGGACACGUGAAUAUAUGGCCACAUCCAUUGGAAGAGGGAGGAAUUCGGGACAGAGGAUAAUGGAUUCUGAAAAUUUGCCCUUGUCAACCAGCCCGGCCAAAUGUUGUGACCGCGAGUGCAGUUGUUGUAUGAUGAAAAGAUCCUUUUCAGGGACUUGGUUUCGGUCAGUGAAGCGAAAGUAUGAUGAAUAUGCUGAAAGUGAUGAUGAGAAAAAGCUUUUCAUUCCAGGGUUCAUCUUACCUCAAACAGCUCGUGUUGAAUUCGAAAACGAAUGUGCAGCACUUCGGGAAAUGGUGAGCAGCCAACAACAGACGAUUAAGGAUUUAAGCAGUGAUUUAGAGGAAGAAAGAAAUGCAUCCUCCUCAGCAGCCAAGGAGACAAUGUCAAUGAUAUUGAGAGUGCAAAGAGAAAAGGCAGAAGCUCAAAUGGAAUUAAAACAAUACAAGAGGUUGGCUGAAGAGGAAAAGGCACAUGACCAGCAGGAGAUAAUGGCAAUGGAGGAUUUGUUGUACAAGAGGGAGCAAACAAUUCAGUCCUUGACUUGUGAGGUACAAAUGUAUAAGCACAGAAUGAUGAGUUAUGGGCUCACUGAAGCUGAGGUGGAGGGUCAUGAGAGUGAGAAAGAGAAUGGGGGCGGCCAUUUUAGCCGAAACAAUAGUACUGUGGCUGAUGACACUAUAAUUGAUGAGCAAUUUGAUCAAAUUCCUACAUAUGAUUACCCUCCAUUGAAAUGCUAUAUAAAUGAGAAUCAAAUAUACUCAGAGGUUGAUAAUGAGGUGGUGGAUAUCGAGAAAUAUGCAUUUGGAGAGACCCCACGUUCGCAUGAUCAAUUGCGUGAUUUGGAGGAUAGGAUCAAUCAGCUGGAGAAGACACCAAGAAGCACUGCCGAUGGAGAGAUAUUUAAGAACAAUGUCCUUGAAAAGGUUAUAGUUGGUCACUCCCCUAGGAGGCUGAGACAUUUAAGGAAAUACUCAACUGAUAGUUUAGCUUCUCCUUUUGCAAAAAUUAAAGAAAUAAGCUCAGAUUUCACUAGGAAAGAACAGUCACAAACAGAGGAGUAUCCAAAGGUGGAUAAUUCAUCACAAGUUGGAGAUGACAUGAGUGACAGAGUGUACACAAUUGAUUCUAUACACCAGGAGGCUAGAUAUAACGUCGAGCCCAAGGCAACGGUUGGAGUAGGUGAUGAUUAUACAGUUACCCCAAGGGGUUCAUUAAAUCAUACAGAUUUUGGAGAUCCUGAGGUCACUAAACUGUACCUUAGGCUUCAGGCACUUGAGGCUGAUCGCGAGUCAAUGAGGCAGGCUAUUAUUUCUAUGCGGACUGAUAAUGCACAGAUGCUAUUGCUCAAGGAAAUUGCUCAGCAGUUGUGCAAAGAGAUGUCACCUGCAGCGAAGACACGAGUUAGGAAGCCAUUGGUAAUUGGGGGCUUUUCACUCCUGUCAGCUUUCAAGUGGAUUAUAUCCCUUGUUCUAUGGAGAAGAAAAGCACGGCGAUGCAAGUACAUGUUUGGAAUGUCAGCCAAGAAUACAGGGUUGAGAAUGCUCUUAGACAAGGGACCGCGUGUGGGGCGUUGGAGAUGUAUCUCCAGUACACAGGUGCCAUCUCCCAUGUACAAGGACCGAUGGCUUGGGAUAGAGAACUUGAAGGACUUGUAGUAUGAAGUCACAUCUAAUGGAUGACAUUGAACUUUUACAAUUGCUUAGGGGCUUUCUGGGCCUUGCAAUAUUUGUUCCCUACCAAGGAAUGUAAUUUUGUUUCGGCCUCUUAGAAAUCAGAAACUCCUUUGUGUUA